UUUUUUUUUCAACGAAAAGCCCUUUCCACUGCAAUUCUAUUCCUUCUGGAUAGUUCAUUCGUUCUCUCUGAAUCGAAAAUCAUCAUUUAGACAUGGCGUCAAAAGAUGCGGAUCCUUCGCUCGGGUACUUGACCCGUAAAGACACCGAGGUGAAACUGCCUCGCCCAACCCGUGUCAAAAACAAAACUCCUGCUCCCAUCCAGAUUACCGCGGAACAAAUCCUCCGAGAAGCACGAGAACGACAAGAGGCGGAAAUCCGACCCCCUAAACAGAAGAUCACCGACACAACAGAACUCGCGGACUAUCGCCUCCGCAAACGCAAGGAAUUCGAAGACCUAAUUCGCCGUGUACGUUGGAACGUCAGCGUCUGGAUCAAGUACGCCCAAUGGGAAGAGUCUCAAAAAGACUUCAAUCGAGCACGGAGCGUGUGGGAGCGCGCUCUGGAAGUAGAUUACCGGAACCACACUUUAUGGCUCAAAUAUGCGGAAGUGGAGAUGAAGAACAAGUUCAUCAACCAUGCAAGGAAUGUUUGGGACCGUGCCGUCACGCUUCUCCCGCGCGUGGACCAGCUCUGGUACAAGUAUAUCCACAUGGAAGAGAUGCUAGGGAACGUCGCCGGAGCUCGCCAGAUUUUCGAACGCUGGAUGUCGUGGAUGCCGGACCAACAAGGCUGGCUUUCCUACAUCAAGUUCGAGCUUCGUUACAACGAAGUCGAACGCGCGCGUGCAAUUUACGAACGGUUCGUUCAGUGCCACCCCAAAGUCGGAGCUUGGAUUAAAUUCGCCAAAUUCGAGAUGAAGAACCGGGAAAUUGUACGGGCAAGGAAUGUUUACGAACGUGCGGUGGAGAAGCUGGCAGAUGAAGAAGACGCGGAGCAGUUAUUCGUUGCCUUUGCUGAGUUUGAAGAGCGGUGUAAAGAAACAGAAAGAGCUCGUUGUAUUUACAAGUUUGCUCUUGAUCAUAUACCCAAAGGGAGGGCGGAGGACUUGUAUAGAAAGUUUGUGGCUUUUGAGAAGCAAUAUGGAGAUAAGGAAGGGAUUGAGGAUGCCAUUGUAGGGAAGAGGAGGUUUCAAUAUGAGGAUGAAGUAAGGAAGAAUCCAUUGAAUUAUGACGCAUGGUUCGAUUAUAUAAGGUUGGAGGAGAGUGUGGGAAGUAAGGGGAGGAUUAGGGAGGUUUAUGAGAGGGCUAUUGCUAAUGUUCCCCCCGCUGAGGAGAAGCGAUAUUGGCAGAGAUAUAUAUACUUGUGGAUUAAUUAUGCUUUAUAUGAGGAGCUUGAUGCAGGAGAUAUGGAGCGGACGAGAGAUGUGUAUAGGGAGUGCCUUAAGCUUAUUCCCCAUGAGAAGUUUUCUUUUGCAAAGAUCUGGCUUCUUGCUGCGCAGUUUGAGAUAAGACAACUCAAUCUCAAGGGUGCUCGACAAAUUUUGGGAAAUGCUAUUGGAAAGGCACCUAAGGAUAAGAUCUUUAAGAAGUAUAUUGAGAUCGAGCUGCAACUUGGUAAUAUUGACCGUUGUAGAAAAUUGUAUGAGAAGUAUCUAGAGUGGGCUCCCGAAAAUUGCUAUGCAUGGAGCAAAUAUGCCGAGUUAGAAAGAUCAUUGUCUGAAACAGAGCGGGCAAGGGCUCUUUUUGAGCUUGCCAUUACACAACCAGCUUUGGACAUGCCAGAGUUGUUGUGGAAGGCAUACAUUGAUUUUGAAAUUUCGGAAGGUGAGAAUGAACGAACUAGACAAUUGUAUGAGAGACUUUUGGAUCGUACAAAACACUUAAAGGUCUGGAUUAGCUAUGCAAAGUUUGAAGCCUCUGCAAUGCAGGAGAAUAAUGGGUGUUCAGACUUGCCACAAGAUGGGGUCCAGGAACAUCAUCCUGAAGAAAAGAAGGGAUGUGUUCAGCGUGCAAGAAGAGUCUUUGAAAGAGCAAUUAACUAUUACCGGACAUCAGCACCAGAAUUAAAAGAGGAACGUGCUAUGCUCCUGGAAGAGUGGCUUAACAUGGAAAGCAAUUUUGCUGAGCUUGGCAACAUUAGCCUGGUCCAAUCUAAGUUGCCAAAGAAACUCAAAAAGAGGAAGCAAAUUAAAAGUGAGGAUGGUGCUGUUGCCGGGUAUGAAGAAUACAUUGAUUACGUAUUCCCAGAAGAAAACCAGGCCACGAACCUUAAAAUUUUAGAAGCAGCAUACAAGUGGAAAAAACAGAAGAUUUCUUCUGAUGAAGAGUAGGAGUAUGUCUGUGUUGUAGCCUUUUUUUUGUACUGCCAAAUGUAAAUACAAGCAUGCCGGCUUAGCUGAGUAAUUCUUUAUGCAUUGUUUAUGUUUUGAAAAACAAGCCUUUAAGGGAAGCAGUCUCUGGAGCCUGUUACGGGACAAGCACUUUUAUCAUAUGAAAUGAGUUAACAUAGUUUACGAAAUUCCCUUGUAUGAAUUUGCCGACACUUGUUAUUGAAAUGGAUUUUAACCUUGGAGAGUUUCCUUAGACAAUCCCCUAUAUUGUUAUUCGUUUAAUCCGCAAAUAAAGUCCUAUCUCUUUAGUCUGGACAAGGAGUCUCGAAAUCUAAUUCUAGAAAGAACAAUUUUGCAUGUAACGCUGCGGAUAAUUCAAGAGAAAACCAAGUCUCUGUAAGAAUCGACAAUGAUUCUUUGACUGUUAGGAUGGUGUAGUAAUGUCUAAAUUAAAACUCAUGGGUGCUGAACAAUAUUCCAUUUUAGGCCAGUUCUAGCUUG